CGCAUCGAGGAACUGAGAAAUUACAGCGAACGACGACGACGACGACGACGAAGAAGAAGAAGAAGAAGAAGAUAGGAUGAGAGUCUUAGCCUUCAGAGCAGUAACUCUCUCUCUCCUUAUUUUCUCUCUCUACAAUCAUCGUGUCCAUGCUCGUCCCUUCGUCCUCGUCUUCUCCAACGAUGAUCUCAACGGCGGCGUAACCACCGGCGACGACGGCAACGAGUCCUCCGAGUUCGAUGAGUUCGGCGAUUCCGAUUCCAAGUCCGAGGAGGAGCUCGAUCCAGGCUCCUGGCGUCCGAUCUUCGAGCCGGACGACUCUGCCGUCCAGGUCGCGUCGCCGAAGUACUACUCCGGCCUCCACAAGAUUUUCUCAGCGGCGAGUGAAGGAAACGCGAGGCUGAUGGAGGAUGCGGUGGCGGAGAUUGAGGCGGUUGCGGCGGCGGGAGAUCCCCAGGCACAGUCGGUGAUGGGUUUCGUGUACGGAAUGGGGAUGAUGCGGGAGAAGAGCGCGGCGAAGUCGUUUACGUACCAUCAUUUCGCUGCCGAGGGCGGGAAUAUGCAAUCGAAGAUGGCGCUCGCGUUCACAUAUAUCAGACAAGAUAUGUACGAAAAAGCUGUGAAAUUGUAUGCUGAACUAGCAGAAGCGGCUGUGAAUAGUUUCUUGAUCUCGAAAGAUUCUCCGGUGGUUGAACCCAUUAGAAUUCAUAGCGGAACUGAAGAGAACAAAGAUGCACUAAGGAAAUCUCGCGGAGAGGAGGACGAGGAUUUUCAGAUAUUAGAAUAUCAAGCUCAGAAAGGGAAUGCUGCGGCAAUGUACAAAAUUGGACUGUUUUACUACUUUGGUCUUAGAGGAUUAAGGCGCGAUCACACUAAGGCAUUGUACUGGUUUUCAAGGGCAGUAGACAGAGGAGAACCGAGGUCGAUGGAACUUCUGGGAGAGAUUUAUGCUAGAGGAGCUGGUGUCGAGAGAAAUUAUACCAAGGCAUUUGAAUGGCUUACGCUUGCUGCGAAACAAGGUCUCUAUUCAGCAUAUAAUGGCAUUGGGUACUUGUACGUCAAAGGGUAUGGAGUGGAAAAGAAAAACUACACUAAGGCGAGAGAAUACUUUGAGAAGGCUGUGGACAAUGAUGAUCCUAGUGGACACUAUAACCUCGGGGUGUUGUACCUUAAAGGCAUCGGAGUAAAAAAGGAUGUGAGGACAGCAUGCAAGUAUUUUCUUGUUGCAGCUAAUGCUGGUCAACCAAAGGCUUUCUACCAAGUGGCUAAGAUGUUCCACACUGGUAUCGGACUUAAGAAGAACUUGGAAAUGGCCACUUCAUUUUACAAGUUAGUAGCAGAAAGGGGACCAUGGAGUUCAAUGUCGAGAUGGGCUCUGAAAUCUUACCUGAAAGGUGAUGUGGGCAAGGCAUUGCUCUUGUAUUCGAGAAUGGCAGAGCUCGGUUAUGAAGUUGCGCAAAGCAAUGCGGCCUGGAUCCUCGAUAAAUAUGGGGAAAGAAGCAUGUGCAUCGGAGAGACUGGGUUUUGCACGGAUAAGGAGAGGCAUGAGCGUGCUCAUACUUUGUGGUGGCGUGCCUCUGAACAGGGCAACGAACAUGCUGCUUUGCUCAUUGGAGAUGCAUAUUACUAUGGCCGGGGAACGGAGAGGGAUUUUGUGAGAGCAGCAGAGGCAUACAUGUAUGCGAAAUCGCAGGCAAAUGCGCAAGCAAUGUUCAAUCUGGGGUACAUGCAUGAGCAUGGACAAGGGCUUCCCUUGGAUCUUCAUCUUGCCAAGCGUUACUACGAUCAGGCUCUCGAGAAUGACCCUUCUGCCAAAUUGCCCGUCACUCUCGCCCUUGCCAGCUUGUGGAUCCGCAGAAACUACGCCGAUUCUGUUCUGGUGAGGGUACUGGAUUCCUUGCCGGAAGUGUACCCGAAGGUGGAGGGAUGGGUGGAGAACGUUCUGUUGGAAGAAGGAAACGCCACUAUACUCACACUUUUCGUAUGUCUUAUAACUGUCCUGUACCUCCGGGAGAGACAGCGGAGACACGUCGUCGUGGAUCCUGUCGGUGCUGACGUGGCACAGCCCCUCCUCGCCGUCCCGCAGAGGUGAUCUCUCUCAUUCAUUCCGUGCAUGCCGCCCUUGUUCUUUUGACUCCUCCUGUACAGGUUACACAAAAAAGGAAGAGACUUUUAAAGUUUCCACCUUGAAAAAACGUAGUGAAGUGGUGGUGCUGUAACGAUAGCUGAAGGGUACCGUGGGAUACAAGAAACGUUAUGUUUUCUUUUUUCUGGUUUGAUUGAUAGAUUUGGUCGAAACCUGGUUCGGUUUAUGUUCUUUUGAUCUGUAGAGCAUAACGAUUUCUGGUGUUUCUUUCCCCUCUGAUCUAUUAUUCAUUUUGAUUGAUA